AGGCUGAGGCUGCCGCAGCAAAAAGUGGGUUACACUACAGUACAGCUCUGCUGCCAGAGAUGGAGGACCAAUAGCCUCAGAUUAAGCGCACGGGGUGGAUUGGUGCAGCCAAGGUCUUUGUGAAGGUUCCUGGCCACUCCCGAGCCCAGUGGGAACCUGAAGGUUACCGCCAGGAGACUGAUGACUACACACAGACUCCCGGGACACUGAGUGGAGAGACUGGAUUCCUAAAGCAAUAGGCGGAGGAGAACGGCUGGACCACUUGGGUUGCCUCAGAGACCUGCAGAGGAGCCAUGGGGGUGUUGAUGUCCAAGCGGCAGACAGUAGAGCAGGUGCAGAAGGUGAGCCUGGCUGUGUCAGCCUUCAAGGAUGGGCUACGGGACAGGCCUUCCAUUAGACGUGGGGGUGAGCUACCAGGGUCCCGCCGUGGCACUGUGGAGGGCUCUGUUCAGGAAGUACAGGAGGAGAAGGAAGCAGAGGCAAGUGGCCCCGUGGUCCAGGAAGAGAGCAGCAUCAACCGUGCAGCCUGGGAGCGGCUCCGAGAUGGCCGCGGAGUUGAGCCUGAGGAGUUUGACAGGACCAGCCGAUUCACGCCCCCUGCCUUCAUCCGCCCCACCCGGAAGCUGGACGACGACAAACCUCCCGAUAUCUGCUUGGAACCCCGGGAGCCUGUUGUCAACGAUGAGAUGUGUGACAUCUGUGAAGUCUGGACCGCUGAGAGCCUCUUCCCAUGCAGAGUUUGCACCAGGGUUUUCCACGAUGGUUGCCUGCGCCGCAUGGGCUACCUCCAAGGGGACAGUGCAGUAGAGGUGACCGAGAUGGCCCAUACCGAGACAGGCUGGAGCUGUUACUACUGUGACAACCUUAACCUGCUGCUUACUGAGGAGGAGAUGUACAGCCUCACAGAGACCUUUCAGCGGUGUAAAGUCAUCCCUGAUUGCUCCCUGACACUGGAUGACUUUGUACGCUACCGCCACCAAGCAGCAAAGCGAGGAGACAGCAGCAGGGCCCUGACUGACGAGCAAGAGGAGCAGGCAGCCCGCCAGUUUGCAGCCUUGGACCCUGAACAUCAGGGCCAUGUAGAGUGGUCCGACUUCUUAUCCCAUGAGUCCCUCCUGCUGCUGCAGCAGCUGCGUCCCCAGAACUCUCUAUUGCGGCUUCUUACUGUCAAGGAGAGGGAACGAGCCCGAGCCACCUUCCUGGCACGAGGCAGAGGGAGCACCAUCAGCGAAGCCGAGUGCCACCACGCCCGGCACUCUUGGUUCUGUAAACGCCUUACAGAGGCUCCUUCCUGCAGUGUCAGCAUCAGCCAUGUGGGUCCUAUAGCAGACAGCAGCCCAGCUGCCAGCAGUAGCAAGAGUCAGGAGAAGGCCCUGCUGCCCACGGAGCAGGAGUCCAGAUAUGUGGAUUGGCCCACCUUCCUAAGAGAAAAUGUCAUCUACAUCUUGGCUGCUCGUCCUAACAGUGGAGCAAUCCACCUGAAGCCCCCAGGAUAGGUGGGACAGAGAAGCUCAGUUCUGGGACGGUGGCAUCCUCUCUCUCUUUUCCUUUCUUUUUCCUUUACCAACCUCUGGCACUGAGACUCAUGGGAAUGGGACACUGCCAACAUCUUAAUUUGUCAUUAAGCUUUAUGGCACUGAAGCCACCGUUCCCCUCACAACAGAGGCAGUAUGUGUACUGCCACACUGAGAAGCCCUAAGAGCUGUGGCAUUACCUGCUGUGGACCACCUCCUGCCCUCACAUCAUAAAACUACCUGCCAUCUCAUGCAUACAUGUGUGCACAUGCACAUACAGCCACAUACAUGCCUCGACAUCCAUGUCUUCAAACUCCUGGUUCUUUUUUCCAUGAAAAAGGACCAAAAUCAUUUUGUUGAGCCCCUUGGUAUAGAUAAGAGGGUCUCUUCUCACUUUUUUUAUUGGCCAGUUCUGAUUCCCAGGAGAAAGAAGGGGACAGAUUAAAUUCACUUCCCCUCCAGGAGAUGCCGAGAGGCCCCCUGCCCACAUGGAAACCCCCUUCGGUGAUGACCGCUGUUAUUUGUAAGUGUCUGUAUGCCCUUCAGGUGUGCUGUGAUGGGAGAACAGUUCAAAACCAUCCCGAAGUUUGUGUUUAAAUUCUGAUUCCUUGUGCUAGAGAAGGAAACUAGCUUGUGGAUUUCUGCCUGGAGAAAGUGGAGACAGUCUCUCCCUGAGACCCAGUAUUCUAGGAACUUUUCAACCAGGUCACUCAACUUCACAAGUCCUUAGCAGAACAGGAAAACCAAGAGGAGACUCCUGGUCCCUAUUCUUCACAUGGUCUAAAGCUGUAGGGACCCAAGAGGAACAGAGUGGCAGGAAUCACUGUGUGUGAGAUGCUUUAGCCUAAGUGGCGGCCUUGGAGGUUGAUGAGGAUGCAGAAAAGCUCAGGCUUUUCAUCCUUUCUAGCCCAACUCAACCACAGGCUGUGGCAUCAUAUGGAGGGCAAGCCAGCCUCUUACAUAGCCUAAAGGAGCCCUGCAGAAUACCUAAGUAGUUGUGCUUUUUAAGAACAGACAACAACGGCUUGAGAAGAUUUGUAUCUCAACUGUCAAGAAGUCCUAGUCAGCAUUGGAAGGGGGACAGUGUGUUCUUCUCCCAUCGCCCCAGUUGCUGCUUUUACCUGCUGCUCACUCCAUGUCUUCCCCUCUGUGCUAGGCGAUGGAGCUGGCCUGAGAGGACCUUGUGGACAAGUGGAGAAUGCCAUGGGUGUAGCAAGCUUGGCCUCCAUGCUUUGUUCAGCCCCAUCACCCAGUUCUGAAGCUCUCAAGUCAGUACGUGGUAUGGGUCAGCCCUAAGACCUAGGGAUCUAGGUUCUGGAUUUCUAUUUUCAACCAGAUGACUUAGGUAUAGCCAGUUCUAACAACUAGUUCUUCAAGAGAGAAUUGAGUCAAGUUCUGCAGAAGCUCACACUGUUUCCAUUGCUGAAAGCACUUGUACUAAAGUAGAUGGCUUCAGGAGAAGGAGCACACUGCUCAGUGUUGAGAGGCUCAGAUGCCAUGGGCAUCUCCAGACAAGCCUUGCUAAGAGCCCUGCAUGCUCUCUCUCUGUCUAACCUAGAACCAGGGUAGUAUUCUGCUGGAGACAGAUUAUUUAGGACAGAAAUGAAGCAGACAGGAGAUACAUUUGGGUUCAUUUUGAACCCAGAGCUUUUAAAAACUAUUACUUAAAGCUGGGUAUGGUGGUAUGGACCCUUAAUCGCAGUACUUGAGGGACAGAGGCAGGUGGAUCUCAAUGAGUUGAAGGCCAGACUAGUCUAAAUAGCAAGUUCUAGGCCAGCCAGGAUUACACAAGUGAGACUUGGUCUAAAAAACAACAAUGAAAACGACUCGGCCAUGUUCCUAGGACUGAUCGGUAAGAUGGCCCAUUAUUGAAUCGAGUGGAAAACAAAGCACAAAGCUGCUGGGCUCGAGGAGUGCAUCUGCAGCAGCCAGCCCUGGGGUUUUCCAUUGAGAAGAUUAAAGCAUGCUAAAUUCAGGGACUCUUGCUCACUCUCCCAAUGAGUCAUCUUUCUCUUUCUGUGGCUGUGGGCUGCUGAACCGCACAAGACACUCUGAACAGAGAUAAUUCAUCUCUGGGCCUUGGGAAUUGGACAGCAUUUUUCUGCCAGUCCCCAGCUGUGGACACUGGGGAUCCAUCUCUUGCUCCAUGGUCCUUUACAGACCGAGACGAUGCUUACCACUUUGGAGCAGCUGUUUCUUGCUCCCGCACAGCUGAAUGGCAGAAGCCCGCAGGCUGAAUCAGACGGUGCAGAGCCAGCCCCACAGCUCAUCCUCAACAGGACCAGGCCUAUGUGUGAUCACCUUUCUAUCCAGGAUGGCUGGCCUCUUCUCCAUAAGCAUCCAGUGUUGUUGCAAAGGGAGGGCCCAUUGCUCCCUAGUCUGUUGUUACAGAAGCCUGCCCCAACCCUAUGUCCAUAAUCUCUCUUUGAUGUGACCUCCCCGGAACCCCCUGCAAUGUGUAUAGAGGUACACUUUCACCAACCUAGUAAGACUCAUCCCCUUUCCAAGCCUUUCUAUCACUGUGACUGUCUGAAAUUCUGCCAAGUGCAAAGAUUCAUGCCUGGCUCUGAUGAAGGUUUAAGAAAUGUUUCAGUCUUUCCCGUCUUGGCUGCCAAAAGUUAAGACCAAUGCUUUUCUCAACACUGCAUAUCCUGAGCUCCAACCAAGGGAGGCUUGGGUUGCAUAUAUGCUUCUCUGAAGACCACUUUCCCCAAGCCUGGUUUUCAUCCGGAAGUUCUCGUCCCUAUAUUCAGAUUAAAUGAGGGGACAUCAGGAUGCCACGGCAGAGCUGAGGGCGGCUCAGCACUGCAUAACCUCUCCAGGUCUGUCCCCUGGCCUCCUUCCCCAGCAAGACAUUUGAGCAGUGGCCCCUGUGGUACCCCAGGGAUGAAGCAGUCUCCGUAUUCCUAGGUACUGAUCAACUCAAGUGCUCUUCCUUUGAGGAAAGCUGCAGCAGAAGCCAUGAGUACAUUGCCUCUUUCUACCCCUAGCCCAGCCAUGGGCUGGCAGGGUAACACUUGCCUUCCUGGCCCUAGUGCUCCCUAAGGGGGGUCACCUGGACCUUGUUUAAGUGGCCAAGUCUUGGAGUUCCCCUAUUCCUAUCACCAAAACAGAAAGCACAGAAUUCAACUGCCUGGAAGAGGGCACUCCACUGGGAAGUGAGUGCCAGGGUUGUCCCAUGCCUUAGUCCAAAGCACAAUAAUCAUUGCAGGCAACACGGCUUCCCAAAGUGCAUAUAUCAGUAAGGGAAAGGAUCAGCAGAAACUGUAGUAGGGGCCAUCCAGCCAUGACUACCCAAGAGCCAAAACUUGAACUGGCAGCAGGCUCUGGUAUUCCAUAUCUCCUUCCAACCAGCAGGGUAAAGACACAUACACAGUUGUGCAGUGCAUAUAUGUACACAGAGAGACACAAGUGUAUAGAGUCAUGGCCCAAAGCAUGGAAAAUAGGAGCAGGUCUUGUCUGGACUGAUGAAUCCAUUCCAAGACCUGUAUCACUGGGCAGCAUCUUCAUAGUGCAAGCCUCGAAGAGUGCUCUUACACAAACCAAACAGCUACCACAUUAGUAGACAAUAUAACUUACGGGACCACCAUUGUGCAUGCCAUCUGUUGUUGGUUGAAAUGUCACUAUGUGGCACAUGACUAUUCUGUACUUAGCACUAAAAGGCCAAACAACCUUGAUGCCAAAAUGUCAGAACAUCCUGGCAGCACCUGUAACCAUGGCCCCUUUCUAGUCUGCCAUUUACAGUGGAGCCAAACCACCACAUUCUCCUUGCCAUCUGGUUUGUUUGUUCACUAUAUCUCUCUUGUCCUGGCUGCAGCCCAGACAAAGGAGCUCUUGAGUGGGCAUGAUCAGUAUAUGGCCUGGUCCCACAGCUCAGCCCUGGAAUAUGGUGGAGCCAGGCAUUCCUCCUGCUGUUACUGACCUAUUGCCACUAUGUUUGGCAACCUAGUAAAGAAACUGAUAGGCUACAGAAUUCUCACUAGACCAACACUAAAGAAAAGUUGCUUCCCUUUGGGAUG